AUGGCGUGCGCCGAGCGCUGCUGCCGCUGCUGCGCCGAGGGCCGGCGGCACAGCAGCAUCCUCUACAGCAUCCUCCGCAGCGAGGAGCGGGCGGUGCCGCCGGCCGGGCCGGCGCCCCGUGGCUGCCCGUGCGGGUCGCGGCGGCGGGUGGCCCUGCGGAGCCCGCAGGUGGCUUGCAAGGCGGCCUCGGCCGUGCUGGUGAAGACGCUGCGCUUCGUCCAGAACGUGCCCUGCUUCCAGGAGCUGCCGCUGGAGGAGCAGCUGCUGCUGGUCCGCAGCUGCUGGGCGCCCCUGCUGCUGCUGGGGCUGGCGCAGGACCGGGUGCACCUGGAGACGGUGGAGAGCGCGGAGCCCAGCAUGCUGCAGCGCAUCCUCACCGCCCGGCAGCACGGCGAGCGGGCACCUGCACCGGCACCGGCACCGGGCCGGCCGCACCACGGCCCGCACCUGCCCUCGGCCGGCGAGAUCCAGGCUAUCAAGGGCUUCCUGGCCAAGUGCUGGAGCCUGGACAUCAGCACCAAAGAGUACGCUUACCUCAAGGGGACGGUGCUCUUCAACCCGGAUCUUCCUGGACUGCAGUGUACUCAGUACAUUGAAGGAUUGCAGAGGGAAGCACAACAAGCUCUAAAUGAACAUGUCAGACUCAUUCACAGAGGUGAUGAAGCCAGAUUUGCCAAGCUGAAUGUCGUUCUCUCCUUGUUAAGAUCUAUUAAUGCUAAUGUGGUUGCUGAGUUAUUCUUCAGGCCCAUCAUUGGAGCAGUGAACAUGGAUGACAUGCUUUUGGAAAUGCUUUGUGCAAAAUUAUAA